AAAAUGCAUCAAAUAUGAAAUGUCUUGGUGCUCAACCAAUUUUGAUCGACUAGUUUUUUCUGCUGAAUGAAUGAAAGAAAGAAAAAGGAAACAUGAAAUCAAGUAGGAGAGAAGUAUUAAGGGUUUUGUUGUUAGUAAUGUAAGAAAAAAAAAAAGAGCUUAUGAUUUGUUUAAAAUCUGUGACAAUAAAUCUGAUGAAGGCCUAGUUUGGUCAGGGUAAGUUGUCUACUAAUUAUGCCUACCACCAUUAGAAUUUUUUCCUGAUGGUCCUUAUGGCAUGUUGAAUUUAGCUAAAUUGAAGUGGCAUUUAGCUUUUUGAAAGAAGCAUUCAGUACUAUUUGGUGAUUAUUGUUUUCUCAGGAAGACAGAAACAAGAGCCACAAACUUGACCAGUAUGAUAACAGGAGGUAAUCCUCACAUGGUUUCUUUUCCUUUUUUCCUUUUGGUAAACCAUUGGGUGGUGAGGUGGGUGUUGUGAUUUCCUUCUUCUUGGUGGUCUAUAGAUCGAAAGAAAGAAGCAGAGAUCAUGAGAGAGAACCAAGUCGGGACUGAGAUCGAGGGAGGUAUUAUGAUCAUAGGAGUAGAGAUCAUGACAGGUAUAGUGAUCAAGAACGUGAUAGGGAUUAUGACUGCUCUCAGACUUAUGAUUCUAGAAGUCGCCAUAGGUCACAUUCUAGGUCUAGGGAAUGCUCCAAGGAUCAUGAUCGCCACAGGUAUCUUGUUUAACAAUAUCCCAUGCUUGUUUGACAAUAUAUUAUUAGUUUUGUUUUGUGAUCAUUUUUUAACUUAUUAAAUGUGUAAUAUAAUAUAAUAUUUGUUUUCUAUUAUUGUAAAAUGUGCCAACUCGAGUCUUUUACCAUUCUUUUCAAAUUUAAUGCUGAAGUCUAUAAGAUAAAGGCCAGGGACAAUUGCAUCAAAUAUAUUUGAGGAUGUGAGCUACAAUCCUCUGAUUCUGGCAACAAAGAAACUCUUAUCACCUGAAGCUACAUCAUUCUUUUCUUUCUUUCUUUCUCUCUCUCUCUCUCUCUCUCUCUUUUUCCUUAUCCUCAAUCUUACUUUGCAUUUUUGAGUGCUAUCAUCUGUUUCUAGUAUAUUUCCCUUGGUAUUGGAAUGCAGUAUAGAGAAAUGGUUGUAAAUCUUGAAUAGACCCAGAACCAAACAUGCUUAAGGCAUAGGGGUGUAGCAAACACCUGUACUGUAGAUUUUAAUGCUGUUUUUCCUCACAUAAAAAACCUUGCUUUUUUUAAUCUCAUCUAAAUUCUAAACUAUCUUGACUACUGUUUGAUUAUGCUGAGCUGAUGAAGGGGUGGCGUUCCUUAAGUACCUUAUUAUAUGAUGACUUGUUAGCUAUUGCUUGGAUUUGAAUCUUGAUCUUGACCCCAAAACCAAGUGAUAGAUAUUUGCCUUCCGUAUUUUUCUUACUUUUUGUUUUGUGCCUGAAGCUUUUAAAGUUUUCUGUGCUGAUAAGGAUUAUUCUUGAGCUUAUUGUUUUUAAUCAGGCAUGACUGAUACUAGAUGCUGCGAAGAAGAAAAUGAAUAUGAAACUGUACU